CAAAAAUUGAGAUCUUUAUCUCCUCAAUAUUUACCUUGUGAGUUACUCCGACAGUUUUCCUAUUUAAAAAUGCAACUUUCCUCCAAAGCAAUAGUUUUUUUAUUGGUGAGUUUCGGCACUCAGUUUUGCAAAACUGCAUUAAACUCUGAUAUUAUCGAAAUCCGUACAUAUUAUGAAGAGCAGACAUGCUUACGAAAGAUAAUCCGUAAUUCUGCCAGUCGUACUAUUGUUUCCAACAUUCUAAUUUCUAGUACUAAACCCUCAGUAAAACUGGACAGCUCUCUAUCAGAUCCAAUUUCAAUUUUUGCCCGGGAGAUAUCUUAUAUUUUAGAUUUAAGAGAUGCAAGGGUCUUGGGUAAUUUUUACAUACAUUUGAAAACUGGUUACUUUGAGCCCAGAUCUUUAUUUAUCUUUUUGGUAUCUGCAAUUGACGAAAGCUUUCUCUCCCAAUUGGCAAAGUACUAUAUUGGAAAAGUCUACCUGAUAAAUCAAAAUCUCGAAAUAUACACGUAUCGGCCUUACAAGUCCGAAAACGUUCACAAUCCCGAUCUUACUCCAUUAUACGUCAAGGCUUGCCAGCAACUGGCUGAAAACAUCACCUUAGAACCUUUCGCCUACCCCAAAAAAUGGAGAAACACCACCCUUAUAAUAUACCUGAGGAAUUUAACUCCAUUCGUAAUAUUGAAGGGUAUUUACGGGUUUGAAGUGAACUUUACGUCAAAAGUUGCCGAAUGUAUUGGAAUGAAGUUGCGUAAAAUCGGACACAGUCACACAUUUCAAGGGAUCAAGGUCAACGGGUCCUACGAAAACGAGGGGUUACAACUCCUUUACCAAAAGGAAGUAGACGCGGUAGCUGGAGGGUAUAACGGUUUCAUCUUCGGUGAACCGCAGUCCGGAGAUUUUGAUAAGUCGGUCGUCUACUAUGUCGAUGACGUAAUCGUCAACGCGCCUAAAGCCGACGUCACCCCCCAUUGGGUUAGGAUUAUGAAUAUAAUGACUGUGGAUGCAGAAUUUGCCUCUUUGGGGACUUUAUUCAUUUGGGUGGUAUUCAUCCGCCUGACUUACGGGAUAAAACCUGUUACGCUCUUCAAGCUCACCGCCAUGACUCUAUUUCAAAAUCCAGUUCACAAAAUCGUUACCAAACACCGAAAUAUCAGGUUGGCGUUGAGCGCCUGGCUGCUUGGUAUUUUGUUAUUGACCACCGUGUUCACGGUCGCCAUCCAAGAAAUGUUCUACAGCACACAGUACGAGAAACAAAUAGACAACGAGCGUGACGCAUUAAACUCCGACCUACCAAUCCUGCUACCCACGGAAGUGGCGAGUUUGAUGGAGAGAUUCAACGUUUCUGUUCCGAGGGGAGUGCGUUGCCCUCAAAUAAACGAAUGCAUCCUGCAGGUUUGCAGGAAGAAAUCAGCAAUAUUUUUCGUAUCGAAAAUGAUCACCGAAUACUCCUCGCGAGCACUUUGCACGGACUCGGUCACCGGCGAAUUGCUUCUCCAUCUUGGUCGUACAUUAAGGAAAGCCCAUAUUAGGAUGUUUUUUGCCAAAGGAUUUCCACCAUUCGAGGUGUUCGACGAGACCCUCAAGCGUUUGGUUUUGCACGGAGGGUUUCUGGUUAGAAUGGAAAAUGUUGGAAAAUUCCUUUUGGGCGUAGUCGACGCUCAGAAUUAUAGAAACUCGAGAUUCCGGCCGAACCUUUUAAAUUUGGAAAAGCUUGAAUUUUUGUUUGUUUUGUGGGCUGUCGGGUUAGGCUUUUCGACAGCAAUUUUCUUUGCUGAAUUGUGGAUCGCGCAGCGUCUUCGGAGGCGGCGCAAAGCAAUAGUUCCAGACUAUCCUAGGAAAUGGAGAAACACGACGAUGCGAGUGUACUACAGAUCAAUCACUCCCUACGUUUAUGGAGACGGCAACGGAUUAGAAGAGAAGAUUCUCCAAGAAGUGUCCUCGUACCUCGGCAUGAAGCUCGAGGGAACGUUAGCGAGGCAUACCUUCCAAGGAAUCAAAAUAAACGGAACCUACCAAAACAAAGGCAUGCAAAUGUUAAUGGAAAAAAAAUGCGAUGUGGCCGUUGGCGGUUACCAUGCCCAUCUCGGUCCCUUCCACGAAGAUUUCGAUACUAGCAUCAUCUACAUUAUCGAUACGAUCCAUUACGUGUUUCCGAAGUCGCCAUUGAAGACGAACUGGGAAAGAAUAUUUGAAAUUGCGCCUAGGAACGAGAAAAUUGCCUUCAUCCUUACGACCAUAUUCUGGAUCGGUUUUGUUCAUUUCGCUUAUGGCGAAAGCAUAGCUAAUCUCAUCGAAAUCGCUUUUCUCGUGACUAUCAACGUAGUGGUUCCCACCAUCCCGACUAGUAGAUACAAAUUUAGGAUAGUUUUAGGCUUUUGGAUUUUGGGCACUUAUGUGCUAAGCACCGUUUUCACAGCAUUUUUUCAGGCAAUAUUUUACAGCCAAAAACACACCAAGGCCAUGUAUUCCAUCGAGGACUUAAUGGAAUCGGACUUGGAGAUCUUGGGCCCUCAUUACACCCUUAGUUUGUAUAUCGAAAAAGGCGCCAAGGAUGAUUUACAAAUAUAUGACAGGAUGCAGACUUGUACCAAUAGAACAAAUUGUAUACUCAAAGUAUGCAAGGACAGAGUAGCUGCUUAUUUGGCAGACAGGAUAAGCGUACUUUUCCUAGCCUUUGACAAUUGUCUAGAUUCCGACAACGGAGAACUCAUGAUCGAUAUGGGGGAAGAUUUGUAUUGGUUUUUUCAGCAGAUGUUCUUUUCGAAAGGUUACCCAGCUUACGACGCGAUAGAUAGAACGAUAAAAAAAUUGUGGCUAAACGGUGGCCUCAAAGCCAGAUCGGAGAGAAAUGGAAAGAAAAAAUUCGAGAUCGCUCUAGCGAAGAGCAAAAAAAACAUGCGCAGCGGAGAACUGAGCGUGAUCGAGAUGAGGUUUAUUCUGUUCUUUUGGUCGGGAGGCUUGUGUGUGGCAACGGCCGCUUUUUUCCUGGAAUUGUGCUUCUAUAAAUAUUUCAAAAGAAUCUAACCAGAUAUGUAG